AUGGAAGAGGCUGGGGCCCAGGGGGGCUCCGUGGCCCGGGCGCUGCUGGACGAUGGGACCUUCAAGGUCCGCGCGGUGACGCGGAGCCCCACGAAGAAGGAGGCUGAGGAGCUGAAGCAGAAGGGAGCUGAGGUGGUGAAGGCUGAUCAGGACGAUGAGCCAUCCCUGGAGCUGGCCCUGGCAGGUGCUUACGGAGCCUUUGUGGUCACCAACUUCUGGGAGCACGGCAGCAAGGAGAAGGAAAUCACACAGGGCAGGCGGGUUGCGGACCUGGCGAAGCGCCUGGGCCUGCGCCACGUCGUGUACAGUGGCCUGGAGAACGUGCAGCAGCUGACGGGGGGCAGGCUGGAGGUGCUGCACUUCGAUGGCAAAGGGGAGGUGGAGGAGUACUUCCAGAAGGUUGGUGUGCCCACCACCUGCGUCCGGCUGCCGUUCUACUUUGAGAACUUCCUCUCCAUCUUCAAGCCGCAGAAGGUCCCGCAGGGAGAUACUUAUGUCCUGGAACUGCCCAUCGGGGACACCCCCAUGGAUGGGAUGGCAGUGGAGGACAUGGGACCUGCUGUGCUUUCCCUGCUGAAGUCCCCAGGGGAGUACCUGGGGCGGGUGAUCGGGCUCAGCGCCGGCAGGCUCAGCGAGGCAGGGUACGCCGCCGUCCUCUCCCAGCCGACGGGCAAGACCGUGGUAGCCAGCAAGCUCUCACCAGAGGAGUACGAGGCCCGUGGCUCCCCAGGGGCCCAGGAGAUGGCUGCCAUGUUCCACUUCUACGCCCUGCGGCCCGACCGCAGCCUGGACCUGACCAUGAAGCUCAACCCCAGGGCCCGCACCUUCCCUCAGUGGGUGGCAGACAACAAAGCUGCCUUCUGA